AUGUCUCAAACUACUCUUCGUGAGCCGUCGGACCCCGAGCCUCCUCAUCUCAGCUUCCGCUCCUUUGUCAAUGCCCUCCGCCAAGACAACGAUCUCGUCGACAUCGACACCCCCAUCGACCCAAACCUCGAGGCCGCAGCAAUCACUCGCCUCGUCUGCGAAACCGACGACAAGGCACCGCUCUUCAACAACGUCAUCGGAGCCAAAGAUGGUCUCUGGCGCAUCCUCGGAGCACCAGCCUCCCUCCGCAAGUCUCCUCGCGAGAAGUACGGCCGUCUAGCUCGCCACAUGGCUCUCCCUCCCACUGCCAGCAUGCGUGAAAUCAUCGACAAGAUGCUUUCCGCAAGCAGCCUCAAGCCCAUUGAACCAGUCGUCGUGCCCACCGGCCCCAUCAAGGAGAAUUCCAUCGAGGGAGACGACAUUGAUCUGACCAAGCUUCCCGUACCAAUGGUUCACCAGUCCGACGGCGGGAAAUACAUCCAGACUUUUGGCAUGCACAUUCUGCGUUCUCCUGACGGCAGCUGGACAAACUGGUCCAUUGCCCGCGCCAUGGUGUCCGGCAAGCGAACUCUCGCCGGCCUCGUCAUCAGCCCUCAGCACAUCAGGCAGAUCCACGACUUGUGGGAGAAGGAGGGCAAGACGGAGAUCCCCUGGGCCCUUGCAUUCGGCGUCCCUCCCACCGCCAUCAUGGCUUCUUCGAUGCCCAUCCCUGACGGAGUGAGUGAGGCUGGCUAUGUGGGAGCCAUUGCGGGAGAGCCCAUCAAGCUGGUCAAGUGUGAUACCAACGACCUCAUGGUUCCGGCCAAUGCGGAAAUCGUGCUUGAGGGCACAUUGUCCACCACGGAGAGGCAGCCUGAAGGCCCCUUUGGCGAGAUGCACGGCUACACGUAUCCUGGAGAGAGCCAUCCGGGUCCCAGGUACACGGUCAACAAGAUUACGUACCGCAACAAUGCGAUCCUGCCCAUGUCUGCUUGCGGUCGUCUAACAGACGAGACUCAAACCAUGAUCGGAGUCCUCGCCGCCGCCGAAAUCCGCCAGCUCUGCCAAAACGCCGGCCUCCCCAUCACCGACGCCUUCGCCCCCUUCGUCGGCCAAGCAACCUGGGUCGCCCUCCGCGUCGACACAUCCCGCCUGCGCGCCCUAAAGACCACCUCCAAAACCUUCUCCCAACAAGUCGGCAACCUCAUCUACCGCUCCAAGCCCGGCUUCACCAUCCACCGCCUCAUCCUCGUGGGCGACGACAUCGACGUGUACGACGACAAGGACGUCAUGUGGGCCUUUGUGACCCGUUGCCGCCCUGGAACUGACGAAGUGUUUUUCGAGGAUGUUCGCGGGUUUUUGCUUAUUCCGUAUAUGGGACAUGGCAACGCGGAUGCGAACAAGGGGGGUAAAGUUGUGAGUGAUGCGUUGCUUCCGGUGGAGUAUACGACUGGUAAGGAUUGGGAGGCUGCCGAUUUUAAGAAUUCUUACCCGCGGGAGGUUAAGGACAAGGUGUUGAAGGACUGGGAGACUCUGGGAUUCCAAAAGCUGGAGUGA